AUGGUUGAUUACAGAGUUAAAGACAUCACCUUAGCAGACUGGGGACGCAAAGAAAUCAAUCUUGCCGAAGUCGAAAUGCCUGGCUUAAUGGCCACAAGAGCUGAAUUCGGUCCUUCACAGCCUCUAGCUGGUGCCAAGAUCUCAGGAUCACUCCAUAUGACCAUUCAGACUGCUGUCCUUAUUGAGACCCUUAGAAACCUUGGAGCUCAGGUCAGAUGGUGUUCUUGCAACAUCUAUUCCACCCAAGACCACGCAGCAGCAGCUAUUGCAGCCGCAGGAACUGCUGCAGUCUUUGCCUGGAAAGGUGAAAACUUGAUGGAGUACUGGGAAUGCACAGAUAGCGCUAUCACAUGGCCAGGUUCAGAUGGUCCAAACCUCAUUGUUGAUGACGGUGGUGAUAUGACUCUUCUCGUCCAUGAAGGAGUCAAAUGGGAGCUUGAGCAUGAAGCUGACCCAACCAAGGUCCCAGUUCCAGAAGCUGAAGAAAACGAAGAAAUGAGAGCUAUUCUUACCAUCAUCAAGAAAAACCUCGAAACCAACCCAAGAAAAUGGAGAACCAUGGCUGAGCACAUCAGAGGAGUUUCUGAAGAGACCACCACUGGUGUCAUGAGACUCUACGAAAGAGCUGCAGCCGGCCAACUUUUGUUCCCAGCAAUUAACGUAAAUGACUCAGUCACAAAGAGCAAGUUUGAUAACAUUUACGGAUGCAGACACUCAUUACCAGACGGAAUCAUGAGAGCUACCGAUGUGAUGAUUGCCGGAAAAGAAGUCGUUGUCUGUGGAUAUGGAGAUGUCGGCAAAGGAUGUGCCGCUGCUAUGAAAGCUGCAGGAGCCAGAGUUGUUAUUACUGAAGUCGACCCAAUUUGUGCUUUACAAGCUUGUAUGGAAGGCUACAGUGUCAGAAGACUAGAAACCGUCGUGUCACAUGCUGAUAUUUUCAUUACAGCUACUGGAAAUAAGAAAAUCAUUAUGGCUGCUGAUUUAGCUAAAAUGAAGAAUAACGCUAUUGUCGGAAACAUUGGACAUUUUGAUAAUGAAAUUGAUAUGGCUGGAUUGACCAAGUACCCAGGAGUUGAGCUUGAAAACAUCAAGCCUCAGGUUGAUAGGUAUAGGUUCCCAGAUGGACAUGGUGUCAUUAUUUUGGCAUCAGGAAGAUUACUUAACUUAGGCUGCGCCACAGGACACCCAAGUUUCGUCAUGAGCUGCUCAUUCACCAACCAAACUAUGGCUCAAAUUGACCUCUGGCUUCACAAAGAUGACGGAAAAUACGAAAAGAAAGUCUACACACUUGAAAAGAAACUUGAUGAAAAGGUAGCUAGACUCCACUUAGACGCUCUUGGAGCUGAACUUUCAACUUUAUCAGAAGAACAAGCUUCAUACAUCGGAGUUACAGUCCAAGGACCUUACAAAAAGGAAGCAUACAGAUAUUAA